GUCAUGAAUGACCCUUUAGGCGAUCUUCCGUUUACGAUAGAUCAGCGAGCAAAACAAUACACUGGUCAGUUAUUGCGCAGAUCUGCUUCAGUGCAACAAUGAAUUUUUGGCAAUUUGAACUCAUACUAUACUUCGGAUUAUUUUAUGCUGUUAGAGGAAUACCACAGUACUUCUAUCCACCAGUUUUCUGGCAUAUGAACAGUUGUCCAUUUAGCAGAUUGGCUGAAACACACCUGACAAAUUCGACAAAAGAAUUUUACAUAAAAGUUUUACCUUAUACGGGAAUGAACAUUGUUUGUCCCAGUGAAGCGUCCGUUAACACGUGGCGAUCACGCCCUUUGUAUACGGAUUCGCUGUAUGAAAACCUGUGGCACGUGAACAAAGCGGGAUACGACAAAUGCGAAGUGAAUGACGGCGGUAAACUUCUCUUGGUGUGCAAUAAUCCCAGUUAUGUCAAAAAAUUGCAGUUUGGAUUUCAUCCGCGAUACUCAGCUAAAGAGCCAAGAUUUAUUCCGGGAAAACAUUACUACUUUAUAAGUACAAGCGUUGGUUAUCCUGAGGAUCUUCACACCCGGAAGACAAGUGGGCCUGAUGGACAUUGUUUAACCAAUCACAUGAAACUUCACAUCUAUGUUUGCAACCCUAAAGUUGAGACAUGCCUCUGGGAGCCACCAAUAUGCGAACCACCAAAAGAGAUUCAAUACCGAAUGGAAAUGAUCAAUGGUGUACUACAAAGACCAAGACUGCCAAGCCCACCAACAACUGAGAGCACAUCACCAAUAACUAAGUUGAAAAAAAUAACAAUUACUACGGGAGCAACAUCUGAAGUUUUGCCCCCCUCAAACACUGCAAUACAGAGAAGAAUGUAAAGAUGAAGCUUCCGUUCAUUUGGUGAUGAAUUUUGUUCUUGGUGGUGUCAUACUGUUUUUGAUUCUUAUUGUCAUAUUGUUGGCUUGCGCUCUUUCAAGAACGACAAAACAGUGCACAUUGAAAAGAGCCAAAUCAACGGAAUCAAAACAAACAAGAAUGUGCGAAAGCGUUCCAGUGCAGCUACCACCCAACAUGGUACCAAUUGGAUCGGCUCACGGUGAUUACAUGGUUUAUACAAGACCAGCCACGUCUGAUUCACUAAGCCAGGCAAACAUAAGGACACCAUCUUAUCAUAACUAUGAAGCACCGAUGUUUUGUUUCCCGGAUGUUUCAUCACAGAGGAGUAGAGGAGACUCAAUACAAAGAAGCCUGGCAGGCUCGACCCAUGCAAGAUGUGCAACAGAACAAGGUCUCUCAGACGUGUGAUCAAAUUGAUUUGAUGUCAUCGUCACUAUCAAGCCAAAGUGGAUCAUUCGCCCUUGCAUUUCAAGAAAGUUUUAUGGUAAACGAUAAGGAAGUGGGAUUGAAAAAAUAUGGGCUAGAAAUCAAGAUUUCAAGAGGCGAUCCUAAAAGGUUUCAGCGAGUUUCGUAAGUUGAUGUUUACAUUUGAUAGAGCAAAUAAAUAGAGAUAGAUGAACAGAACUGAGUAAAGUAGCAUAAACAGAUUUUUUAGAAACAUUAGUAAAUAUCUUCAUAGAGCUGUAGGCUUCUUCUCAUAAAAUGACUGCAAUACACACCCAUUCAUACACUGUAAAAUCAAUAAUUGUACGUUUCCAUGAAUUAUUUCCUUAAAGUUACAUUUGAGAAUACUGUAAAUAGUAAUUUGUACAAUCCAUAGAGAUAAGUGUUUUCCCAAUUAAAUGUUUUUAAAGGUGAAAAAA